AUGAUAAAUGAUUAGUUUGAAAGUUAUUCAAUAGAUAGAAUUCAGGUAAGAACACCAAAGAACAUUAAGGUAUCUCGAGAAUAUAUGGAAAAGGUCAUUGAGUCCUUGAAGCAACACCAAAAUGCAAUAUUGGAACAUGUUAAUGGAAAAGGAAGGCUGUUUUCAUUAUUAUGUCCAGCCCUUGCAUGGUUAAAACAUAGAAAAGACAAUUCAACAUAAUAAGAAAAUUUAGAAAGAAUUAGAAUUGUUUAUGCAUAUCAUUCCACAUUUGAUAAGCAAUAUUUAGAAGAGCAAUUGAAAAAAAUUGAUUAUAAGCCUAAGAUCUCUUAGAUUAAACAAUAGGAUAACAUCUAAAUUAACGAUGAAGAUGACCUAAUUCUUAUAGAUUAAUAAAGUUUGCAUAAUUCUGAUUUAACUGCUUUUCAAAAUUCAAUACUCAUUAUUGAUGAUGCUGAUUAGCUGCAGGAUAUCAGAUGUCUUGGAAAGAUCGAAAAGAGUACUAUUUAUAAGGCUGUAGAUGAAUUGAAGGAAUUAAUCAAUGAAGUACAAAAGAUGAAUAUGCAAGAUUAAACAAAAUUUUAUUAAGAAUUUGAGCCUCACACAAUCGAAAUAAUUAAAAAGAAACUUUUAUAAUUAUACGAAAAAUUUGAUGAAUGCAAGAAUUACUUUCGUUUAAAAGGGCAUCCGAUUAUUAAAUUUAUUUAAGACUUUGUAAGCAUAUACGGUAAUAAAAACUAUGUCCAAUAUUAAAUUAAUUGUGUUUAGAAAAAUUAUCUAACUUGUUCAAAACUUGCGAAAUUAUCAAAAUUAAAAGCGUUUGCUGAUUGUUUCAAAUUCAUAUAAAUAGCUGUUAUAUGUUAUGAAGAGAAUUAUUAUGAAUAGCCUAAUUACUUAUUUAAAGCAAUUACUGAUUAAAUUAAUAUGCAAGAUAAUAUAGUUGAAAUUUAAGUGAAAUAAUACCUAACACAUCUUGAGAAACGAUUUGAAAAAUUAUAAUUUUAGUCCAUUAUACUAUCAUCUAAUUGUAUUUUACCGACAUAUUUACCAUAUUUUCACAUUAAUCAUACAUUUGACAACAGAGAAUAUAUUAAAACAGUUUUAGUUGAAAUACAAUAUUAAAGUCAUCUAUUUAAAAAUCUGUUUAUGAAACUUGAAAAAUUUGUAAAAAGCAUACCAAAUGGAAUUUUGGUUAUUUUUUCUGGUUUUAAUUAGGUCGAGCAAUUUAGACAAUAUUGUUUAGAAUAAUAACCUAAUUUUUUUGGGGUUAUUGAACAAUAUAAAAAGGUGUUUUGGGGACUUGAUAAAAAAACAAAUGAAAUAGCAGAUUAUAUUAAAAGUUCAGAAAAAGGAGCCAUUUUAUUUGACUCGUAUGAAAAAAUCUUUAAUAAAAAUUAUCAUUUUCCAGGUCACCUUUGUAAAGGUUUAAUUGUUGCUCAAUGGAAAACUCUCAGUCAGAAAAUGCCUGAGUUCUAAUUGUUUAAUGAUGACAUAUAAUACUAUCAAAACAGGUACUUUGAUAAUAUAUUAGGAAGAUCUUUACUUUAUGAAAACGACAAAGGAGUUUUAAUAAUAUUCUGUUACUAAAAUUAAAUAAAAUAAUUGAAAUGGUGGAUAAGAAAUUAAAGUACCUUAGAAUAUGACGAAGAUUAAAUCGCUGAGUGGUUUAAGAAUGGUUAGAAUUCUUAAAAUGAUGAUACGUUAAUAGAAUCGUAUUAUCCAUAAAGGGAAUAAACUACAACUGAAACUAAUAUAUAAUAUUAAAGGAGAACAAAAUAGUAAGAUUUGGAUAAGGAAGAUAAAAUUGUAUAGAUCUCAGAGCAUUCAUAAAAAAUCAAAAGGACAAAAGAUGUCAAUAAAAAUAAAAAAACUUAAAGAUAAAAGUAAGGAUACUCAAUAAAAAAAUAAAGUAAAGCAUAAAUUGAAUCUAAUAAUCAAUAAAAAUAAUAAGAAAUAGAAGUGGAAUAGCAGGAAAAUUUGAUAUAAUGGAAGAAAGAUGAGACAGAAGAGAAAUAGGAAAUUAGUAUUGACAAGGAAAAGAGUAAGAAUGCUUAAGAGCCGACUGCAAAGAAGAAAAAAGAAGCAUAGCCAAAUUUUAAAUACUAAGCAACUAUGGACUAAUUUAUAACCAAAGGUCGGAGUGCUUAAAAAACUACUGCGAGAGAUAGCUCAGAUAAUAAUAACAUGGGCUAGAUUUGA